GCCAUUCCGAGUUUUUCGAGCUCCAGGACUUUUUUGGACUACAAUGAAAACAAAACUUUGCUUACCGAUAGUUUACAUACGUUUAACCUCUAUUGGUCACAGUUAAAACGACCUUAACGGCUUCAUAAACAAAAGCAAACGAAAGCGAGGAGAGUUUCCAUCGGAAAGAAGAAAACCAGUCGGAAAACAUAAGUUGUGCUUCCAGUGAGAGUUUGAGAAGCUGAAGAUGGCUCGUGGAUGCCUGUGCUGUGUCAAAUACAUGAUGUUCCUCUUCAAUCUGCUGUUCUGGCUGUCGGGAUGUGGGUUGUUGGGUGUGGGCAUCUGGCUGUCCGUUUCGCAGGGCAGCUUUGCCACUUUCUCCCCCUCCUUCCCCUCCCUCUCAGCCGCCAAUCUGGUCAUUACCUUGGGCUCCGUCGUCAUGGUAACAGGCUUUCUGGGAUGCCUCGGUGCCAUCAAGGAGAACAAGUGCCUGUUGCUGAGUUUCUUCAUUGUUCUGCUGAUUAUUCUGUUAGCGGAGCUGAUUUUGCUCAUUCUUUUCUUCGUAUACACAGAGAAGGUGAGUGAAAAUGCAAAGCAGGAUCUUAAAGACGGCCUGCGGCUCUACAACACGGACAACAACGUGGGUCUCCGCAAUGCCUGGAACAUCAUUCAGGCUGAGUGGCAGUGUUGCGGUGUAACUGGGCUCUCAGACUGGCAUGAGGCGCUGCAGGAGAAGUCAGUGCCGGAUAGAUGCUGCCAGGAGCACUAUACCGAGUGCGGUCGCAACACCACUAAUGUCUUCUGGUCACAGGGCUGCUACGAGAAGGUGGAGGAAUGGCUGAACGACAACAAACAUUUGCUGGGAACCAUCGCCAUGUGUGUGCUGGUCUUGCAGCUGCUCGGGAUGGCAUUUUCCAUGACCUUAUACCAACAAAUCCACAGAGCCGGAAAGAAGUAUGAUGCCUAAAGGAAACCCAGUAUUACACUACAACAACAACAACAAAAACUCUCUUAACACCCAAUAUAUUGUUGCAAACCCAUUUCAUCCCAUCACAAACCAUUAUCAGGGAAAAUGAAGUUUUUUUUGAGUCUAUCAGAUUUAAUUAUGUAGAACAGACUGUAGAUAUUUUUUGCUCUGCUGCUGCUGAGUGGCUUUUUCUUUCUUUUUUUUUGGCCUGAGGUCUAACAGCAAAUGUAAGAUGAAAACUAAUGAAGGGAAUUCAUUGUGAGAAGCAAUUAUGGGUGUUUGCGGCUUUGGAAAUAGUCCAUUAGUUGUAUGAACUGUACAAAAAAAAAACACCCACGUCAAUUAAGACGGGACUUUGGAGAUUGCAACGCACGUAAAAGAAUGCAUUCAUAUUCAUCUUUCUCAGACACUUGUGUAUAUGUAGACUCAGUUCCCCUUUGCUGAUGUAAUAUAUCAAUCGCAUGCUGUAUAUAUUUCACAUUUACAUUAGUGUACUGUACAGGCGCACACAAAUGAUUAUUUAGGUGAUGACUUAAGUGUUAUAGGGAGAGUGGGGUAAAAUGUGUCACCACAUCUACCAAAAGCAGUAUCAUUUUUGUUCAUUAUUAGAUUUUCAGAUAUUCAGAAAGACAUUUACUUUUCAGAUAUUAUAAAAUGGUAAUAACCUAAAUGUACACAGUCAUUUGCCUAAUAUUCUUAUUAAUAUUUCACAUUUGAAAAAAGAGGCACGUGUAAGAGCUAUUCUGAAUUGAUUGUGUUGAAAAAUUUGAAGUGUUUGAAGAUAAAAUGUAAUAUUUAGUUAAAUGUAACUAAAUAGCACAAAUGAUCAGUUCAGUUAUUUGACUAAACAUUCAGAAUAAUAGUUCAUAUUUGAAAACUUCCUAAAUAAAGUUCAAUACGUGUGUGUAAA